AUGCUGAACAUAUUUUCGAUAUUAAGAUACUGGCGCUUGAAGCUCCUCAUCGCCCUUUUCCGCGCCCUAGCCAGGCUCGUUGAGCCGCCACCCAGGAGCAGCCCAGACGCGAUUCUAGCCAUCCCUUCACGCGACCCCGGCCGCGCCAUCAAAGUCCACGUCUAUCAGCCGGGCGGCGUCCCAAACUCGCCAGCUCCCGUCCUCGUCAACAUUUUUGGCGGAGGCUUCGUGCUUCCUCUACACGGCGCCGACGACCUCUACUGUCGCCGCGUCGCCUCGUCGGCCGGCUACGUAGUGCUAGAUGUCGACUAUCGCCUGGCGCCAGAGCAUCCAUUCCCAGCCGCCAUCCAUGAUGCGGAGGACGCCAUCUGUUACGUCUUGGACCACGCUGCCGAGUACAAAACCUCUCACGUCUCCAUCUCCGGCUUCUCCUCGGGCGGCACCUGUGCCCUCGCAAUGCUCGGACUGUUCCCGAAAGACACGUUUCGAUCCGUCAUCACAUUCUACCCCUCCACCAACGCCGCGGAGGACCCGAGCACAAGAGUCGCGCCCGUGUCCGGGGGAAAGCGUCUACCCGCGUUCUGGACGCGGAUCUUUCGCGAAGCGUACUUUGGCGACGCGGAUCCUCGAGACCUGCGCAUCUCCCCAAUCAAUGCCGCCGGAACAACCCCCUACCCGGCGCACAUGCUCGUCAUCACCGCAGAGAUGGACACGUCUGCGCUCGAGGCGGAGGCACUUGCUGCAAAGGCCAUGGGGACGGGUCGGAGUGUGGUGGUGAAGAGGAUGAAGCGCGUCGGUCACAACUUUGACAAGAAGGUGACGAAUCAAGACUGCGCGCGCGCGAGAGAGGAGUCCUAUGGGCUUGCCAUAGACAUUUUGAGAACUGUCGCUCGGCAAUAG